AUGUCUAAGGGCACAUAUCUGUCGUCGGCCUCAACACCCCAAUAUCCCAAUAUGAACGACACAUUCCAUCGCUUCGUUCAUCUCCCCUGGGAUAUUCGGGAGCAGAUAUGGAAGUUCGCACUUCGUCCUUCUCUCCCAGGCGUCCACAUCUUCAAACUCUAUAAGCCAAACCCAGGUGACGGUCCAGACAAGAAACUCGAUAUCAUUUCCCAUCACAGACGCCAUGAAUCCCUACGUCUUGCCGCCCCUGAUGGUGAGGAAAGCACCUCUGCCGAGAACCACGAUACAGAUGUCACCCAGAACCGGGAUAACCCCUCGACAUACCUCAUCGAUGGAGGAUUAUGGACUGCCUGCAAAGACUCAAGGCACGUCAUACAACGCCAUUUCGGGUUUCUCAAGUGGCGAUCUUUGCACGACAAAGACCCUGAGAGAUUCCGACGCAAGGCAAUACAGAAACUUGAUAUGCCAGCAAUAGGAUAUUUUGCGGGCAAAGAUCCCUACUCUUUUGCUGUCUUGCCGAACCGAGAUCUCUUCAUCCUUCGACCUCAAGAUAUAACCAUGAUGAAACCGGGCGAUCUCAGCUGGCAUACUGGCGUUGGAGCUCAUUGGCAGGGGUUUCAAGGGUUCCAGCACAUCGCCCUGGAAUACAACAAGGAGUGGGAAGAUUUAUUAUUCUCUUCCUCUGGCCCUAAACUUGAAGCGAUGAACAGAGCCCUUAUCACACUGGGGUACCAUGCCGCCGGUCAUACGCUAUGGUUUAUCGAUUAUACCCUCAAACGAAGACAUGAAGCGAUUACUGAGCCAUCUUCAUCUAGCAAAAAGGAAAACGCCAGUUUUUAUCUCCAAGGUCAGCGGUUCUUUGAUGUAGAACUUUCACCCAACCCCCUAGAAGACUGGAAGUACGUCGACAUAACGACGAAGGACAGAAAUUGA